UAUUUGAGUGCCUUCAUAGUGUUCCGGGGACGCAAUGCUUACAGCGUUAUUAACGUCAAAGUAAAUCCGUCCCUGUCAGUAGGUUUGAAAGCUGCUAUGGUGAGGGAGGAAAGGCGAUGCAGAGAAGAAAGAAUCGGAUUUUGCGGAUCAGAUCUGUCAGAUAAAACGUGCACGACGGUUUACCACCGGUCUAAAGGAACGGUCCUGCUUUGCAGUCUCUUGACGCUGAAUCUGGCGGUGAUAUUUCAUCCGAGUAGCUCGAGAGCCCCGAAUUCGGAGCUCGCCGAGGUUCUUCAUCGACCGAUCCGGUCGCUCACAUUCCCGGAAGAAAGUGCCACAGGUCUGUUCCUCGCGCUGGCGAUACCGUUGGAGGAUCCCUACAAAUCGAUCUCCAUAGCUGAUUUCUUCGAGGCAACUUACACGCUGCCGACGAAUGCCAGUGGUGAAUAUCUCUGGCUGGUGAACGAGCAACGAAGAAGGAGAAGGAGCUUGGACAGAGCCACGCUUUAUCAAGUCGUGGAGAACAAAUUCGUCAAUUACGGAUAUCAGGGUCACGAAUGCCUGCUGAGGGCCAUUUGCGAAACUUCGGAGCACUCGCUGAGACACAACGGACUCAUUGGUGACAUUCUGCACGUGAUCUUCACACCGACAAGCUCGCGACACGAACCACUGCCGCAGGACAUUCUUCAGGCUGAAGUGGUUGGACGUAAUGGAAGCUGCUCCAAGUACCGACCGCAAUGCCCCGUGGGACUCUUCGACUUGAUUGGAGUCCUUGGC